AUGUUCCGAAAGGCCCGGCGGGUGAACGUGCGCAAGCGGAAUGACUCGGAGGAGGAGGAGCGAGAGCGCGAUGAGGAGCAGGAGCCCCCGCCGUUGCUGCCGCCGCCGCCUGGCACCGGCGAGGAGCCUGGCCCCGGCCCGGGCCCCGGCGGCGGCGGAGGCGACAGGGCCCCCGCGGGCGAGUCCCUGCUAGGCCCGGGGCCGCCGCCGCCGCCGCCGGCCGCGCUGACCUCGGGGACGGAGGCCGGGGGCUGCCUCCCCGGCGGCGCGGAGCCCGGCAACGGGCUGAAGCCGCGCAAGAGGCCGCGCGAGAACAAAGAGGUGCCCCGGGCCAGCCUGCUCAGCUUCCAGGACGAGGACGAAGAAACUGAAGAAGUUUUCAAAGUGAAGAAAUCAAGUUACAGCAAAAAGAUAGUAAAAUUGCUUAAGAAAGAAUAUAAAGAAGAUCUUGAAAAAUCUAAGAUUAAGACAGAACUCAACUCAUCUGCCGACAACGAACCACCUUUGGACAAAGCAGGUCAUGUUAAGGACGCCAGUCUAGAAGAUGGAGUUAUCAUCAGUGAACACGGGGAAGAUGAAAUGGAUAUGGAAAGUGAAAAGGAGGAAGAAAAGCCAAAGGCUGGUGGAGCCUUUUCAAAUGCUUUAUCUUCUUUAAAUGUUCUCCGUCCAGGAGAAAUUCCAGAUGCAGCUUUUAUACAUGCUGCAAGGAAAAAACGUCAGAUGGCCCGGGAAUUGGGAGAUUUCACUCCUCAUGAUAGUGAGCCUGGGAAAGGCCGUCUUGUUAGAGAAGAUGAGAACGAUGCCAGUGAUGAUGAAGAUGAUGAUGAGAAACGCCGCAUAGUUUUUUCUGUGAAAGAAAAGUCACAGAGACAGAAAAUUGCAGAGGAAAUAGGUAUCGAGGGGAGUGACGAUGACGCUCUAGUAACUGGGGAGCAGGAUGAAGAGCUCAGCCGAUGGGAGCAGGAGCAGAUAAGGAAAGGAAUCAAUAUCCCGCAGGUUCAAGCAAGUCAGCCCACGGAAGUGAACAUGUACUACCAGAACACCUACCAGACAAUGCCUUAUGGUUCAUCCUAUGGCAUUCCAUAUAGUUAUUCAGCCUAUGGAUCAUCUGAUGCCAAAUCUCAAAAAACAGAUAAUACAGUCCCUUUCAAAACUCCCAGUAAUGAGAUGACUCCCGUUACUAUUGAUUUGGUAAAGAAACAGCUUAAAGACAGGUUGGACUCCAUGAAAGAGCUGCACAAAGCAAACCGACAGCAGCACGAGAAACACCUGCAGAGCCGAGCGGACUCCACCAGGGCCAUUGAGAGACUAGAAGGGUCUUCUGGGGGUAUUGGUGAACGGUAUAGAUUUUUGCAAGAAAUGCGAGGGUAUGUCCAAGACUUGCUUGAGUGUUUCAGUGAAAAGGUGCCACUGAUUAAUGAACUUGAAUCAGCAAUACAUCAGCUGUACAAACAGCGAGCUUCCCGCCUUGUCCAAAGACGACAAGAUGAUAUUAAAGAUGAAUCUUCGGAGUUUUCAAGCCAUUCAAAUAAAGCUCUGAUGGCACCAAAUCUUGACUCCUUUGGACGAGAUCGGGCACUGUAUCAAGAGCAUGCCAAACGUCGGAUUGCAGAACGGGAGGCCAGGAGGACUCGUCGUAGACAAGCCAGAGAGCAGACUGGUAAGAUGGCAGAUCACCUUGAAGGCCUUUCCAGUGAUGAUGAAGAAACUUCUACAGAUAUCACAAAUUUCAAUCUGGAAAAAGAUCGCAUUUCAAAAGAGUCCAGCAAAGUUUUUGAAGAUGUCCUUGAAAGUUUCUAUUCAAUCGAUUGUAUUAAAUCCCAGUUUGAAGCCUGGCGUUCAAAAUACUACACAUCCUAUAAGCAUGCCUACAUCGGCCUUUGUUUGCCAAAGCUGCUCAACCCCCUUAUAAGGCUGCAGCUUCUCACUUGGACUCCGCUUGAGGCAAAAUGUCGUGACUUUGAGAACAUGCUGUGGUUUGAAUCUUUGCUGUUUUAUGGUUGUGAAGAGCGAGAGCAAGAAAAGGACGAUGUCGAUGUUGCACUGUUGCCUACCAUUGUGGAAAAGGUGAUUCUUCCUAAACUAACAGUGAUUGCUGAAAAUAUGUGGGACCCCUUUUCUACAACACAGACUUCAAGAAUGGUUGGAAUUACUCUAAAAUUAAUAAAUGGAUAUCCUUCAGUGGUGAAUGCAGAAAAUAAAAAUACACAGAUAUACCUAAAAGCACUUCUAUUGAGAAUGAGGAGAACUUUAGAUGAUGAUGUAUUCAUGCCCUUGUAUCCCAAAAAUGUCUUGGAAAAUAAAAAUUCUGGGCCUUACUUGUUUUUUCAACGACAGUUUUGGUCUUCAGUUAAGCUCUUAGGGAAUUUUCUUCAAUGGUACGGCAUUUUCUCAAACAAAACUCUUCAGGAAUUAUCAAUAGACGGUUUAUUAAAUAGAUACAUUCUCAUGGCUUUUCAGAAUUCAGAAUAUGGAGAUGACAGCAUCAAAAAAGCCCAAAAUGUAAUUAAUUGUUUCCCCAAGCAGUGGUUCGUAAAUCUGAAAGGAGAAAGAACUAUUUCUCAGUUAGAAAACUUCUGUCGAUACCUUGUACACUUAGCAGAUACAAUUUACAGAAACAGUAUUGGGUGCUCUGAUGUGGAAAAAAGAAAUGCAAGAGAAAACAUAAAACAGAUAGUAAAACUCCUUGCAAGUGUUCGAGCUCUGGAUCAUGCUAUGUCUGUUGCAAGUGACCACAAUGUGAAAGAAUUUAAGUCUUUGAUCGAAGGAAAAUAGAUCUAUGAGACUAAAAAAAGCCUAUUUGCUCUAAUACCAUUCCCAGUGUAAAAAUUUUGUAUAUAUGUAAAGUUUCUUAAACUGUAAAAUAUUGACUCAUUUUAAUACAAAGAAUGUUAUUA